AUAUUUAUCUUGUUACUGCCAAAAUGCACCCAAGCUGGUUUUCCUAAUUGCACUGCACACAGCACGACCAUAGAAUCCUUUCCAGCCAAGAUCUAUCCAGAUCAACUUUUAUUCCUACAAAUAGACAUGGGAAAAUUAAUGGCCAACAUGACUUGUGGGAUGAUUGUAACAGCACCAUCAGACAAAAUCAUAGCUUUUCAGUUUAUGCUUGUUCAUUGGUCAAGUGUAAAUGAUACUUGUAUACCUGGUGAGUACUUAGAAAUAUUUGAUGGCACUUCUUCUGCAAAUAAGUCCAUCCACAGAGAGUGCAAAGGGAUUGCUCAUUCGACAACCUACUUUACAAGUGGACCAAAUGGCUAUGUUGAACUCAGAACCAGCCUCAAAACAAAUAAAACUUUUGUUGGGAUCCGAAUUAUUGCUGUCGACCCUUCUGUAUGCACAGGUUUAACAACCCUACAAGCGUCAAAUUCAACUGAAAACAUAACCAGCCCAUAUUACAGCUACGAUCUAGGCUAUUCACCCAACGCUACCUGCUCAUGGCGGAUCACAGCCCCUCCGAAUCAUGUGGUGAGGAUCCAAGCUGAUUCCAGCGUCAACUGUAAUGGAAACGACCAAUUAGAGAUUUAUAGCUCAAUGAAUGCUACCACCGAGCGCUUGUUGGGAAGGCUUUGCUAUUCACCUGGGAAACCCUACACAAUUUUCACGUCAGCUGGGCAGGAUAUUUUUGUAUCAUUCCGUAGCAAUGUGACCUUUCAAGAUCGGUGGAGACAUAGACGAUAUUUUGUCCUUUAUUGUAAUUCUUACAAACCAGCCUGUCGUGGCGGAGAGCUGACUACCGUGAACGCCACCUCCCCCAUUAAAGUUAUCAGAAGUCCUAAAGAUGGUGCAAGUCUUGACUAUCCACGAAACUCUAACUGUUCUUGGCGAAUCACAGCACCUCCUGAUCACGUGAUCAAGCUAGAAGUGGUAUCCAAGGUUUGGUGCGAUGUCAACGACUACCUGAAGAUCUACGACUCGGACAGUAAUGUAGCAGAAGACUUGUUGGACACUCCUUGUAGGUCAUCGAGAAAGAAAGUUUAUUAUUCUACUGGCCAGGAUGUUUAUAUAUCCUUUACCAGCAGUGCAGUGGCAAUAUCUUCGUGGUCCGAAUAUUCCUUUACUGUUGAAUAUUCUGCUUUCAAACCAGGAACGACUUGUUCUACUGCCAACACAGCAGACCAGAACAAGAACAUUGUCAUACGAGGUCCCAGUACAGGAGUGAUACAGUCUCCACAUUUUCCACAAAAAUUCCCUAACAAUUUGUACUGCACAUGGAAAUUCCGUGCUCCGCCCAAUCAUGUCGUCAAACUAUACUUUGAUACGAUCGAUUUAAAGGCUAGCAGUUGCCUGGUGUCUUCAUCGACUGAACUAAAGGUUGAAGAUGGAUACCCGGAAAACAGUCCUUUGCUUGAUUAUGUAAGGUGCUACAGCACUAGCAUGGUCAGUAUGAAGCAGUCUUUCACCUCGGUAUCUAGUGGAAAAGCUCUCGCAGCUCGUUUUGCUACUGGAAGUACUACGAUCCAAGGGUAUGGCUUCCAAGCAAACUUUACUAUGCUACCCGUUAAAGUUGUUUCCACAGCUACAUGCGGCGAGCAGCGAACUGGAUUCAUUCACCUCACUGCACAAGCUUCUUCCAUACGAUCACCAGGGUUUUCCAACGCUUACGGAUCAAAACAUCCCAAGAACAUGACAUGUGUCUGGACAAUCACUGUAGAUCCGGGUUACGUGAUCAAGGUACAAGUGAAAUAUAACAAUCUGAAAUUAGGAUGUAGCAGCGAUGAAUAUGCACGAUUCAUCGAUGGUGGCAACAUGAACAGCUCUACGAUGUUUACCCUUUGUAAUAGGAACACACCAGAUACGACGUACUCUACAGGAAACAACGUAAUGAUUGAAUUGAAAACAAGUUCUUCAGAUGAGCGUGGUAGUGGUUUCUUGCUGUCCUACAUGGCCGUCAAAACAGCUCCCUUUUCGUACUCCUGUUCUUCCAACUCAGCGACUUAUUUGAAGGAUUCGACAUUCCGAAUCGCUAGUUUUAACUAUCCUUUGUCCUACCCUAAUAAUGCGUUCUGCAGGUGGGCGUACCGUGCAACAUUUGGCAAACGAGCUCGGCUCAACAUUACGAAGCUAGAGCUGCAGGAAUCGGCGAACUGUGAAGCGGAUUAUGUGAGAGUUUUUGGAUCGAAUUAUUAUUUUACUCCAAAACUAGGUCAGUUCUGUGGGAAACCAAAGACUCCCAUUGUACUGACGUCGACCGGUGACUCCUUGGCGGUAGAUUUUCGAUCAGAUUGGAUGGGACGGUUUCCUGGUUUUGAAGGGAUUUUUGAGGGAAUUCAAGAUGAUUCCAUUGGAAGCUGCAAUGUCCAAGGACGUGACAAUUUAAUACUCCUCAAUGGCACGAGUGGAACCUUUUUCUCUCCCCGAUACCCCAAUACUGUACCCAAAAGCAUGUCGUGUAUAUGGCAUAUUACUGCAGCAAAAGGAAGCCACUUCAAGCUUACCAUCAGAGACUUCAAUCUUGAUUAUUUCUGUAAAAAUGAUUACCUAGAAGUAAGGACUGGCUCUCCACAGGACCCGUCAAGCAAGCUCAUAGGGCGCUACUGUGGACAUAAAGAAGUUCCAUCUAUCUUCUCCCCAGGAAACAGCUUAUGGGUUCAUUACAAGUCCAAUGACCAACUAUCCACAAGUCGUGGAUUCACAGCCACAUAUGCUGAAGUCAGUGCACUGCCAUUGUCUAUAUCAUGUCGCAGCUCUGGUCAACAGAAAAUCAAGUCUGCUUCAGGCCAGAUAGCUACCUAUGACUACCCACUGAAGUAUGAAAACAAUGUGUCUUGUAAAUGGUAUAUCACUGUGGACUCCAGCAAGAGAGUCAAGUUCACUUUCRAUUCGUUUAGUCUUGAAGACAGCAGCGGAUGUAAUGGAGAUCAUGUGGCUUUCUACGAUGGUUACUUCGGUGACUUGAUUGGCAAGUAUUGCGGAAGCAAGACACCGGAUCCAGUGUAUUCCAGUGGAUCCACCUUGUACAUAAAAUUCGCCACUGAUGGAAAGGGUCGUUACAAGGGAUUCAAAGGAUCGUUUGAAUCUGUUCUUUCAGUUCGUACAAUUAUUAUGAUUGUCGUCUUCACACUUAUUGGAGUUGGUCUUCUGUUUUCUCUGAUUGGCUGGUGCAUCAAAGGGAGGUGCCUUGGCAUGUGCAGCUCAGGUCCCCAGCCUCUCCCAGCUGAUGGUACCUCUGUGGCAGGAUCAAACUUCCAGCUCACAACCAUGCCUACAGAAAAAUCUCUGCUUCUGGCAGUCACCCUAGUCCAAUGUGUACAUGGUGCUGACGUUAACAUCUGUAGUAGUGACAAGAGUGCAGAGAACCAAGUGCGCAUUAGCGAAACCAAUGUAACACACUUUUCAAGCUCCAUUAACCAAAAUCCACAGGCAAGAAUGAUGUGUGCCUGGAAGAUUACUGCACCUCCAGGUUACGACAUUAAAAUUCAUAUAACUGUGGCUCGAUGGAGUGAAGACUGUGAUGUUGAAUAUGCCCGGAUUUACGAUGGUGCCACUUCAUCUGAUGCAUUACUUUGGGAAUUCUGUAAGACAAAACCUAAAAAAGUCAAAAGGUCAGUAGCUUUGUUCUCCAGCAGUGAGAAUGCUAGGAUUGUCCUAAAAACUGGAAAUAAUCCAAAUGAUACCUCAUUUGGAGGCAUGGCAUGGGCUGUGAAAAGACCAACUCAAGUUUGUACCAAUAAUGCAGUAUACAACCUUGCUUCCUCUUCAACUAUUGCGAACUUCUCAAGCCCCUACUACGACGAAAGGUAUCCAUAUAAUGCGUCAUGUGGUUGGAAAAUUGAGGCACCAGCUGGAAAGAUUGUAAAGCUGCAGUUUAAAGACACCCGUGUYCAUUAUCUUCAUCCUAUAAUGGUGUAUGACGGAGAGGAUGAUAAACAAGAGGAUCUUAUUAAAUCGUUAUCAUUGUAUACUUACAAGCCAACUGAUCCUAUCUAUUCAUAUGGAAGAAACUUGUUUGUCAAGUUCAAAAGUGGACCAGAAUUGUUGUCUUCUCAGUUCACUGGCUUCCUGGCUUAUUACUCUGCUGUUGAUGCUGGAGCAACCUGUUCUCCCAGUAACUCAGCAGAUGUUAACAGUCGCAUUACGCCAUCUGCGUCUAACGGUAAAAUAUCUAGUCCAGGAUUCCCUUCAGUGGUACCACCAGUCCCCAUCACCUGCAUCUUUAGGCUCAGAGCUCCGAUUGGACAUGUUGUUAAACUUGAUCUGGAAACAAUCAAUGUGAAAUUCAGGAUAGGACCACUCUACUCGUAUGUGGUUGAUCUUCGAGUAAGAACAGGGGUGGAUGUCUACGAGAUUCGAUCCUUCGGAUUAAGGAACUCGAUUUCAGAGACAUUGGUGUCUGAUGGCAGGAGAAUUGAUGUCGAGUAUAAACAAACAGAGGAGAUUAAAACUGGAGUGAGACCAAUAGGUUUUGAAGCGGAGUAUGAAACCACGCCCUUAGUAACAACAGGAAGCUGUGACGCAAACCAACCAGGUACUAUAAACCUACAGGGAGAAGCGGCUACAUUCCACGGCAUGAAUUACCCCAACCGUCACCCUGACAACAUGAAUUGUAUGUGGAACAUCACAGUCACCGGCGGUCAAGUCAUCGAGCUACGCAUCGACACUAACCUUGAUCCUAAUUGCGACAAAGAAUAUAUUCGAAUCUAUGAUGGCGCAACCAAGUCGAGUCCCCUGAUAAAAAAACUAUGUCAAUACCAAUCUAGUUAUAAUAGUCCAUCGAUUUAUUCAUCGAGUAAUCAUCUGUUAGUUGAAUUGAUUGGUAAAGAUCCAUCAAAAGGCUUUCAUGCCACGUACGUAGCGAGAAUGGCUGUUCCUAAACCCUACGCGUGCGCAGGUAGAUCCAAAAAAGAACUGAAGGGAAUGAGUGGAAAGUUAGCAAGUCAGGGCUUCCCUCUCCGGUAUGGGAACGACGCUUACUGUAGGUGGUACAUCACUGCCCCGUUUCAGCACAUCGUGAAGAUCACUGUCACCUCGCUCGACCUUGAGCCAGAUCCAUCCUGUGAGAAGGAUGCCCUACGGUUGAUUAGCGACGAGGAGAUCGGCUCUACCGUGAUGGCCAAACUUUGCGGAAAGAAAAACACUCCGCUGUCCUACAAAUCAACUUAUAACAAGGUGACAGUAGAGUUUUGGAGCGACGCCACAGGGAGGUACCCGGGAUUUGAAGCAAGCUAUACAGCUGAACCUGAUCCUUCGUUUGGUAACUGCACUAGACAGUUCGUUGACAACCUGAUCCCCAUGUCCUCCCCCAGCGGCACCAUCUUUACCCCUCGCUACCCCAAGUAUUACCCGCCCAACAUGAAGUGUUCCUGGGUUAUAACGGUUCCGACGGGAAACAAAAUUCGCCUCAGCUUCCAGGAGAUUUUUCUCAAGUCUUGCUUUAGUUCGUCCAUCGAGAUACGUGAUGGAGCAGACAACUCCAGUAAAAUCCUCCGUACCUUGUGUGAUACGAGUAGUAAUCGUGUUGUGGUCUUCUCCUCUGGGUCCAGUUUGUUGGUGCACUUCAAAUCAGGUUCCCUAAGAUUUACCAACCAAGGAUUUACGGCGCAAUAUGAAACCAUCACUCAAUUACCACUAUCAAUAUCCUGCAGCGAUGAAGUCCAAACCCGUAAACUGGAGACAUCCCCAGGAUCCCUAGCCAGUUACGAGUAUCCUCUAAAAUAUGAAAACAACGUCAAAUGUACCUGGGUUAUCAGCACCUCAAGCAGUGAACGAUUCAGAAUCAAGUUCGACUUCAUGGACAUCGAGCCGAGCCCUGGAUGUAACGAUGAUUACGUCAUCAUACGAGAUGGGGGAUACAGUUUUAGUGACUCGUUGGGGAAGUUCUGUGGCAACACAAAGCCGGAUACUUUGACGUCGAGUGAGGAUGCUAUAUGGGUGCAGUUUGUUUCUAAUGGCACGGGGAGAUAUCCCGGGUUUAAGCUGUCCUACGAAACAACAUUUAACGUCAGGACCAUCGUGCUAAUAUCUGCCUUCAGCGUGAUUGGUGGACUUGGAAUUCUGUUCGUGAUAGGCUGGAUCAUUAAGUGUUGCUGCUGUUCAAGUGGUGGUUAUGAUGAUGGUUUUAGUGAUGGGGCUGGAAUGACUAUGAUGGAAACAAACAAGACUAGUGGCGAUUAACUAUCAGUGAUACUCAUUAGCACACUUCCAAUUUUACUAGCCACACAAACUGGCUGUUUUUAUUUUUUUCAAUGGGGAUUCAGAAGUUCUGUCAUCUUAGUUACCAUCAAAACCAUCAUCUACAUGUCUCGUAACAAUGGUUGCCAUAGAAAUGGCAGUCGUGAUUGGCUAUUUAUUAAUCAUUUCUGUUACUGAAGAUAAUUCAAUGUAGCGUGCUUUGCUUUGCUUUGCUUUCUGUCCAGCACCCGACAACAUUCCAUUGGUAUUGACUUAAUUCAUGACUGAAGGAGACCGUUACCGUGACGGGACUGUGACCGUGUCAGGAUUUGACAGUUACUGUGAUGGGACUGUGACCGUGACAGGAUUGGACAGUUACUGUGAUGGGACUGUGACCGUGACAGGGUUGGACCGUUACUGUGACGGGACUGUGACCGUGACAAGAAUGGACAGUUACUGUGACAGGACUGUGACCGUGUCAGGAAUGGACCGUUACCGUGACGGGACUGUGACCGUGUCGGGAUUGGACCGUUACUGUGACCGUGUCUGGAAUGGACCGUUACUGUGACGGGACUGUGACCUUGAUAGGAUUGGACCAUUAUUGUGACGGGACUGCGACUGCGACUGCGACUGCGACUGCGACUGCGACUGCGACUGCGACUG